UAUAUUACACAAACAAGAUUAAGAACCUCUGUUUAUAAAUCUUAUCUCCUUCUCUAAUACUUGCCUUAUAAGUAGAACAACUGUGGAACAAAGGGAUUGCUGUACAGUGUCCUUUGCUUCUUCCCUAAGGAACUCUUCAAUUCUGAGUCCAUACACAUAAUAACUGGUUACAAUCCUGGGGGAGCCGUGUGUGUAAGAGACAGACACAGAAUAGUAUCCUGCAAAGAUAAAUGUAUUUGGACUUACUAGUCCUAGGGUCCAAUUCAUAUUCUUUCACUUAGCUGAGUUACUAGCUAUGUCACUUAGAUCCUAUCCAUUAUACAUUCAUAAUUUCUCUCCUAUACUACUCCUUUUCUACAAUGUCACUGGUGCAGUCACUUAUCGCCUCACACCCUGGUCACUGCAAUAAUAGCCGUUUGGUUUGUUGCUUGCCUAAGUUCUCUCUAUUCCAGUCUGUCUUCUACUGCAUUGUCAAACUCACUUUCCUAAAAGUGUAGGUCUGAACAUGUCAUCCCCUCCUUGAAGAAACUCCAAUGAUGCAGGAUCACCUUCAGGAACAAAUAUAAAAUUCCCUGUUUGGCUUUUAAAGCCCUUCACCACUUGGCCCUUUCAAGCCCUUUUAUCUUCCUCCUCCCUCCGAACUCUAAACAAAAGACACUCCUUCAGCCUUGUCCCUUGUCUCCCAAGCCUUCUUAUCACCACUUCUCUCAGGUCCCAGAUUCCACACUAGUGCCUUCCUUUCUCUUGAUAUUUUGAUGUUCCUCAAUGUCUUGUUUCUACAUAAUUGUUUGAAAAUUGUCUAAUCUGUUAAAUUGUAACUUCCAUGGGAGCAGGAAUUAUUUUUGCCUUUUUUUUUUUUGGUAUCUCCAAUUAGCAGGAAGGGGCAGCCAGGAGACCCAGAGGAAAGUGCCGGGCUUGUAGUCAGGUGAUCCCGGGCAACCCAUUUCAUCCUCUUUGCUUCAGUUUCUUCAUCUGUGACAUGAAAUGAGCUGGAGAAGCAAAUGCCAAACCAUUCCAGUGCCUUUGUCAAGAAAAUCUCAAAAUGGGGUCACAAAAAAUCGGACACGAACAAGUGCUUAUUGACUUAAUCUUGGUGAUCCUAGAUAAAUUACACUCUGGUGGUCGGUUUGAAGAUAUUGUAAAAUGAGGGUGGAUUGUGGGGCCUGGAAGUCCACGACCUCUAGAGUUCCACGGCGAUCCACCUCUGCCAAACAGUCUCGCUUACACACAGCGCUAAAAGACCACAUCCCCCACAAUGCCCCGCGCCCCAGCGGACGCAUGCUCAGUGCUCGAUAGCUCGUGUUUUUCCUUAAGUGCGUGUUACGGAGUGGGGCCGGUGGCCUGGGGAACCAUGGCCCUGUUCCCGGCCUUUGCUGGUGUUAGUGCAGCCCCUGAGUCCUCCGCUGGUGGUAGCUCGAGGAAGGAUUUAGACUGGUUGAGCAACCCAAGCUUUUGUACUGGAAACAUACCAACUCUGCAACAAAAUACUGUAGAGAUUACAGCUCUUGCUUCUGAAAAGGAACUUCUCACAAGGAGCCCUUUAAAACCGGAACUUUCAGAAGGCAGUGAUACACACAAAAGGCUUAAACAAGCAAGUAGAAAAAAGAAGAAAGAAAAAAAGAAAAAGAAAAAACACCAACAUCACAAGAAAACCAAGAAAAAAUAUGAGCAGUCUAGUGACAGUGAAUCUUAUUCAGCUACUGACUCUGAAAAGGAGACAUCUACAGGAUGCAUCAUUUACAAUAAAAAGGAAGUUGAGAAACCAAACCAAGAAAAUAAUGCCACUGACAACAGUGGAAACCGCCUUGUUUGGCUUGAUGACAUUCAGACCCUGACAACAGAAACUUUCAGAACAGAUAAGAAACCAGAUCCAGCAAACUGGGAGUAUAAAUCGCUUUAUCGUGGAGAUAUAGCAAGAUACAAGAGGAAGGGAAACUCUUGCCUUGGUAUUAACCCUAAAAAGCAACGUAUAUCUUGGGAAGGUACCUCCACAGAAAAGAAGCAAUUGCAUAAGAAAUUUGAACGUUACUUUUCUAAGAAAAGCAUGCGUUCAGUAAGCAGUGAUGGAGCUCCUGUUUAUAGCAAAGCUGAAGUAUUCUCAUCUGAUCUCAGCUCAUUCAUCCCAGUGAAAGACUCUGAUGAUGAAGUUCCAUCUAAUACCUCAAAUUGGGUGAAUCCUUUGGGAGUCUAUGAUAAAUCUACAACACUCUGGUUACAAGGACAGGGUCCUUCAGACCAAGAGACAAAGCAACCUACAUCUCAGCAAGAUAGUGAAGAAGUUAUUCUAAAAGCUAAAGUAGAGGAAUUUAACAGAAAAGUCCGAGAGAAUCCUAGGGAUAUUCAACUAUGGCUGGAAUUUGUGUCUUUUCAAGAUGAAGUGAUGAAAAGACCAAGCCUAUACACCAUCAGUGAGGGAGAGCAAGAGUCCAGAAGAAAAUCACUGAAGCUAAUUCUGGAAAAGAAAUUGUCCAUUUUAGAACGUGCCAUUGAAAGCAACCAGAACAGUGUGGAACUGAAGCUUGCCAGGCUAAAACUCUGUACAGAAUUCUGGGAACCAUCUACUUUGAUCAAAGAGUGGCAGAAACUGAUUUUUUUACACCCCAAUAAUACAUCCUUAUGGCAGAAAUACCUCUUAUUUUGCCAGAGCCAAUUUAGCACCUUUACAGUAUCCAAAAUUCACAAUCUGUAUGGAAAAUGCCUUAGCACCCUGGCAGCAGUACAAGAUGGGAGCAUCUUAUCUCAUCCUGCAUUGCCUGGAACUGAAGAAGCUAUGUUCGCCCUCUUUCUUCAGCAGUGUCAUUUUCUCAGACAAGCUGGCCACACUGAAAAAGCGAUUUCUUUGUUCCAAGCCAUGAUUGACUUUACCUUCUUCAAACCUGACAGUGUGAAAGAUCUUCCUACCAGGGGACAGGUGGAAUUCUUUGAACCUUUUUGGGAUAGUGGAGAACCUCGAGUUGGAGAAAAGGGAGCAAGAGGCUGGCGAGCCUGGAUGCACCAGCAAGAAAGGGGUGGCUGGGUCGUCAUUAAGCCUGAUGAGGAUGAAGACGAACCUGAGGAGGAUGAUCAAGAAAUAAAGAAUAAAACUCUUCCAAAGUGGCAGAUCUGGCUCAGUGUUGAGCAUUCUCGUGAACAAAGGCACUGGCUGCCCUGGCGCCCUGACAAAACCAAAAAACAAACUGACGAGGAUUGUGAUGACCCAGAGAGACAGGUGUUAUUUGAUGAUCUAAGUCUAUCUCUCAUAAAACUUUCUAGUUUGGAUCUAAAAUUUCAACUGAUUGAUUCAUUUCUACAAUUCUUGGGAGUCCCUUCAAGCUAUAAUCUUCCAGCUUCAUGCCUCUAUCUUGCCAUGGAUGAAAAUGGUAUUUUCGAUGAUGGGAUUUCUGAUGAAAAACCAUUGACUUUUUUCAACCCAUCAUUUUCCGGGGUUAAUUGCGUAGGUCGCAUGGACAAAAUGAACAGACAGGAACAUCGGAUGGGUCACUGCAAAGAAGGCGAGGAGUUCAUACAGAAUAUAUUUCAUCUUGUAUUGCCCCUAUUUUCAGGGAAAGAAAAAUCUCAUCUCAGCCUUUCGUGGUUACAGUAUGAAAUUGCUAAGGUCACGUGGUGUCUGCAAACUAAAAACAAGAAGAGACUGAAGUCUCAAGGGAAAAAAUGCAAAAAACUAGCCAAGAAUCUCCUCAAGGAACCUGACAACAGAAAUAACUUUUGCCUUUGGAAAGCAUAUGCCCACCUGGAAUGGUUACUUGGCAACAUAGAAGAUGCAAGGAAGGUUUUUGACACUGCUAUUAGCAUGGCAGGGCCAGAAGACUUAAGUUCUAGACUCUUUGACUUAAGCUUGCUUUAUGCUGAACUAGAAGUAGAACUCUCAGGGAACUUGGAAGGGGCUACUACAUCCAGAGCAAUUCAUAUAUUAACUAAACUGACUGAGAAUGGACCAUACAUACCUUAUACUGGACAGGUAUUAGCUGUGAACAUUUUGAAAGCCCGCAAAGCAUAUGAGCACAUGCUUCAGAAGCAUUUAAAUGAAAGUUCAGCCCCUGACCCAUCUUCUUUUAAUUGUUCUGAUCAUUUGGUUGGCAUGGUUAGCUGCUUUAUGCUUUUCCAGUAUUUGACCAUAGGGGUUAAUGCUGUUACGCAUAUAUAUAAACAGGUGUAUGAAAGACUUAAAGGGUCCAUUUCAUCAGAAUUCUCAAGGCUCAGUGCAAAUAUUGGAGCCCAAAAUUUGACCAAUGCCCUUGAAGCUAUCACACUGAUGCAUGCAAAUCUACUCAGGUACCACAUGAAAGUGAGUGUAUUCCCUUUGAAUCCUCUGAGAGAAACACUUUCAGAGGCUUUAAAAUUAUAUCCGGACAACCAGGUUCUUUGGAGAUCGUAUAUACAGAUCCAAAAUAAAUCCCAUAAUGCCAGCAAGACAAGAAGAUUCUUUGAUAUCAUUAUAAGGUCUUCCAAAUCCCUAGAGCCACGGCUGUUUGCAAUCCAAGCUGAGAAAAUGAGAAAAAGGCUGGUGGAAGCUGUUCUGAGAGUAGAAGCUGGAGAAAUCCAUUCAACAAUUCCUGAAACAGGUUUAUCAAAUCGAAUCAAAGUCUUGUUUGAAAAUGCAAUUCAGAGUGAUAAUGGCAGCAACUGCCCCUUGUUAUGGAGGAUGUAUUUAAAUUUUCUGGUUUCUCUAGGAAACAAAGAACGAAGCAAAGGUGUGUUUUACAGAGCCCUCCAGCACUGUCCUUGGGCAAAGGUGUUAUAUAUGGAUGCAGUGGAUCAUUUCCCUGAUCAAUUCCAGGAAAUCCUGGAUCUGAUGACUGAGAAGGAAUUAAGAGUUCGGGUACCAAUAGAAGAACUAGAGCUUCUCUUAGAAGAUUAAUAAUGAGUGGAACAAGAGGAUUAAUGGAGUUAAGACUGAAGUUUGACAGUCCUGUAGUAGCUGUGGAAUGUACAAAUUGGGAAACUUGGACUAGGACUGGAAAAUUUUUUUCCUUUUUUUUUAAGGACUGAUUUAAAAUUUUAAGGUUCCGGGCCAAUGUAAUGUAUUUUUAAGUAUUCAGAUGUCUCUCACAACCUCCAUGUGUUUAGAAGACUUAUUUACACAGAAAUGAGUUAUUUUAUAGAUCAUAUAUAUGAUUAUGAUGUACAUAUGUACAGAAAGACAGACUUGGGAAUAAAUAAAUCUUUUGUAGUUGGUUCCCUUUAAAA